AUGUUUCUUCCUAAAGAUGAAAUGCUAAUUUUACAUUUGACUAUUCAUGAUGUAUACGAUACAAAAGACAAUAAAAUAACACUUGAAGAAAAACCAUACAUAAAAUUCUACUGGAAAAAUAUAAAGUAUAAAAAUUACUUAAAAUUUUUUUCAGAAGAGAUAAAUUGGUUUUGUGAAUUUUUUUUGCCUUAUAAAAUAGGAGAUUAUAUAGAAAAUUUAGUUGUUCAAAUAUGGGCUACUAGUUAUAUAAAAACAAAAAGAAAAAUAGCUUAUAAUUAUAUUAAUAUAAAUCAAGUAGAACAAAAAAGUAAAAUUAAUGGAAAAACAGAAUUAAUAGGUAGAAGAAAAGGACUUAAAAUAAUAUACAGUCUUCAAAUUAUAUGUUAUUCAUUAUAUAGAUUCAUGAAGAAUACUCAAAAGAUAAUAUUAGAUAAAAUAUCUAUUUAUAAAAUGAUGCAAAUACAUAGAAAAAAUGAAAAAAAUAAUUACUGGAAAGAAAAAAAUAACCUUUUUGAUAAAUAUCUUAUAUCAUUAUUUGAAAAAAAAAAUUAUGAAAAAGCAAAUACUGCUUUAAGAUUAAAAACAAUAAAAUCACCAAAUAUAAACACAAAAAUCAAAUCAAACUUCAAAUUAAAAUUAAAAUCAAAUUUAAAAUAUAAAUUAAGAUCAAAAAUAAAAUUAAAAGAUAAGACAAAAGAAAAAGUAAGUUUAAAGAAAUCCAAAAUAAACUCAAAAACACGAUCAAACUUAAAAACAAGAAAAAAAACAAAAAAAAUCACAAAAAAAAAAAUAAAAAUAAAUGGAAAUCCAAAAAAUAAUAAUUCAAGUUCAGGAAGUAAAAAACAUUUUUUAAAUAUAGGCUAUAAAAUACAUAAAUUAUCAUCUAAAAAAAGUAUUAAAUUUUUUAAUUUUAAAUUUCCUAUAUUGAAUAAUGAAAAUACUAUUUUAAGAACUACAACAAAUGGUUCAAAUAAAAAUUUAACUUAUCCAAAUUUUAACAAAGCUAAAUGUAUUUAUUACUUGUUAAAAAGAAUAAAAAAAGAAAAAUUAUCAUGA